AGAAAGAUUAAUCCCCAAUGGCGAUUAGCAGGAAACGGAAAGCCGACGAACUCCUGUCGUCCCCAGCCGCAAUAACCUGUGUGCUGCCGUCCCCAGAUUUCUUCCGAACGCUCCCGCCCCAAGCGCAUGAACAGGACAACCUGGACUAUUUCGAAGCAUUCCAUGUCAAACGUCGCAAUGUAAUGAAAUCCCCCUUCCAAGAUACGAAGUGGCCUCGUCUCCAGCUGGACUACAAGUUCCUCACCGACUUCGUUACUGAUCCCAGAUGCAGUACUUCCUUCAGCCGCCCUGUAAUUCUUAAGAUACUGGAUCUUUUUGAAUCGGAGGAUGAGAGGGAAAGGGUCGCAUUGGCUACCCUUUUGAAGGGAAUCUACGAUCGAUUUCCGGAGCAUAGAGUAUUCAUCAGGAAAUCAGUCUACGAUAUAUUCUGCCAAUUCAAUUGUUCCAGUGAUUCGAAGCACAAUGGGAUUCCAGAGCUGCUAACUUUCUUGAAAGAUGUCAUCGGAAAACGUGGAUCUCUGUGUCUAGAAGACGAGUUUAGGGUUUUGCUUCUCCGAUCGCUGAUUCCCCUCUACAAAUCGAAGUGGCUUGUCAUGUUUUAUCCUUAUUUGAGAAACUGCAUCGCGGAAUUCAAUGUGAAAGAUCGGAAGAUUGCCGAUUCUGUUACUCAGGGGAUGCUGAGGUACUGGCCGAAGCAGGCAAGUUCCAGGGAGUACUUUUUCCUGGAUGCAGCAGAGUGUUUUCUUAUAGAGGCGAAGUUAUCCACCGACUUUAGCAGCUCCGUGGUGGGUUUGUUGGAAAAGAUUGCUGGGAGCUUGAAGAGUCUUCAGUUCAAUGUCGCAGAAAAAGCUCUGUCCUUACUGGAUGUCAAUGGAGGCCUUGGAAUCCUGACAAAGAAGAAUUUCAAGUUCAUAUUGCAGAUUGUGUAUUCGAGGCUGAAGGAAGUUGCUGCUAAGCAUUGGCGGCCGAGAACGAAGGAGUUGGCUGUGAAAAUUAACACGGCAUUGAAGGCAGUUGAUCCUGUGUUCUAUGACGAUUGCUAUAUUGCUUCCCUGUUGUGUGAAGAGGAUGAAGCAGGUAUGGAAUGGUUGGCUUUGGCGCGGGAGGAAAGAUGGAAGCAAUUGGAAGGGAUGGCUGCUGCAAGAAAGGAUUGGACUGGAUUGUCGAUAAAUUUCAGGCAGGAACUCUGUAAUUAGGUUCUAUGCUGUUCAUGAACACUAGGUGCUUUUUGUGAGAUUAGGUGUAGAGGGAGCUUCUAUUGAAGCAGCGAAUGUUAGAAACUCUUAGUAUGUUUGUUUGUUUAUAUUUUUCUGGAAAUACUGAAAUUUCUCUCAGAUUUUGAAUUUUCUACUUGAAGUCUCCCCCCUUUUUUUUUUGGCUACAAAUUCUUAAAUUUGAUGCAGGACAUGGUUAUCCAUUAAUUGACAAGGUUUAAAUUAUGGUAAUCAAACAAUUUUUUUGGC